AUGCAGGACACACGAUGGCUUUGUAUUUGUGGGCUGAUCAUAGCAGCUUUACUCCCUGUUAGCUGGCAAAUGAUCCUGAAAGAUUCAACUAAUGAGUCCAGGUGGCAAUCUUAUGAAACAGAAAGUGCACAUAGUUUUACCUCCAACGUCAAGCGGCAUUCUGAAGGUACCUUUACGAGUGAUUUUAGCCAGCGCUUGGACAAGAUGAAGGCGAAGGAUUUCGUGCACUGGCUCAUCAACACCAAGCGUUACAGCUCUACAAAGAGGUUCAUUAAAGAGAAACCCAGCACCAAGCGCUACCUGCCUGGCUCGUUCUGGUUCAGGAUUUGGCCUCCAGUCCUUCCUGGAAGAAGGAAAAUCACGUAUCCUGUGCAUAUGGAAGACGGCGACCUUGGCUCCUUGUUUACCAAUCUGGAAGAGGCUUGCCACAACCAGUGA